UGGUAUAAAAGAGGAGCAGCAAUGCGGUACGGCAAGUUUGCAGCUACUAAAGCGUGGUGCACUAGCCGUAGGACCGCCGAGAAUCUUUUUGCGGCAGCGUAACCAUGAAGUUCUUCGCAACCCUCACUCUCCUCGCCCUCGUGGCCAGCGCCGUGUUCGCCGAAGAGAUCCCCAAGGAAGACGAGAAGAAAGAGGACAAGAAGGACGUUGAAGGACGCGGCGGAUUUCUGGGAGGCGUGCCUGGCUACGGCGUUGGUGUGGUUCCUGGCGUUGCCGGUGCCGGCGUCGUUGGCCCAGGAGUCGUUGCCAACCCCGCCUUGGUAGGCGCUGGGGUCGGCCAUGGCGUCGGCUUGGGUGGUGUUGGCGUGGGACACGGCGGCGGCUUCCAGACAGGUUACGGUGCUACCACCGGAGGACACCAGACGGGCUUCCAGAAGGGUGCCGCGGGGCAGAGUCAGGGAUCCGGAGCCUUCGCUGGCGGCUCUGCCCACAGAACCGUCAACGCCUUCAGCAACAACCAGGGCUACAACCACAACACCGGCUUCUCGGCUUCCGACAGCAAGACCUUCGGAACCGGUCAACAGCAGGGGUCUUCGGGCUUCCAGGGAGGCGCCGCUGGACAACAGGCCGGAUUCGGACAGUCCUCCUUCGGCAAGACUGCUGGUGCCGGCCACGCGGGCGUAGGCGUCCUCGGCUAAAAUUUCAGCUGUUCAAGCUCAAGCUUCGCGCCCUUUCGUCAUCGUCACAUCUCAAUACUUGACAUUUCUGCCACUCGAAGAACAAAAGUUUCAAUAAAGAGACCCAUCCAUUAAUUUGUGGAAA